CUGUUCACAAGGCCUCACUCUUUCUCUCUCUCUCUCGCUCUCUCUUUGUCCUUGUCUUUCUCUUUCCAUCCUUUUCAAGCUCCACAGUGUAAAAUGGUUUACAUCUUGCUUGCAAACAGCCAACACUUUUAGUCCCUACUUCCCCCUUCUCUUCUUCUUCUUCUUCUUCUUCUUCUUCACCAUUGGGUGGCAACCAAGUGGAGCAAUAACAGUUGAAUAUGUUUACUGAAACAAAAGGAAGAUGAAAUUAUCCGGAAAUCACUGAAAAAGAGAUUGGCAUGGAGAGAUUGGAGCUUUGGGUGUCUAUGGAAUUGAUUUCAUGAACAUUCACUUUCAUCCAUAUUUUAAAUACUGCGACUUUGUGCGGAUGAACCAUAGUCCAUUGCUUUAGAAUCAAACAAGGAGUUAGUAGGAUGAGUUUGAAUCUGAAUGCAGACCAACGGAAUUGUCGACAAAGAUGUAGAGAGAAAUCAGGCCAGUGCAGUAACGAACUCAAACUUUCGGAUAAUGUCAGUCGUUGGCAUUCCUUGGGUGUGUUGCAAUCUAAAACAUGCUUGACAGCUUCCUUGUUACACAUCCCAUUGAAUUUGAGAUCCUCUGAGUUCGUCUUUCAGAAAACAACAAGUGUGAAUAAUGUGAGUGAACUUAUUUUCGAGUAUUUCAUGGCAGCUGGUCUCCGAAAUGAAGAUCUUAGUUCCUCAGGGAAAAAUACUCAUGAUUCACCAGCGACUAUUGUCAAGGCUGAGACCCUUCUAAAUGAUAAUGUGAACCGAUUCAGCCGAAGAUCAGCUUAUACCAAAUGUCUAGAAUCCCCUGAGUUAACUAAUGGUUCAAUGAAAAAGCUUGAAAAGGUUUCUGCAUUGAAGAGUUCUGUAUGUGGGUCAGAUCAAUCGAGCGAGCUCUUGCAUGGUUCCAUUUCCAAAGCAUAUCUUCGUUGUGUAUGGAAAGAUGGCUUGCCGAAUUUUGUGUUCACAAUGGAUGAUAAUUGGGAAGAGGUGUUUGUCGCCAAUCCUUAUAAGAUUGAAUCCAUUACCGAUGAAGCUUUGGAGUACGCAUACUUGUUCCAUGCAAGAAAAUGUCGUAAAAAGGGUACCAAAAUUUCCAUCACUGAUUCCUGCGAGUUUGUUGCGAAAAUGAAUGUGUCCAGUUCACUUGUUCUAAACUCGAGCAGUUCUAAAGUCACAGAGACCAAGUUUGUUCUGUUUGUCGCUAGUGAAGACCGACCGAUGGAAUUAAAAAUUUCAUCCUCUGCUUCAAUCAAAGGAAAGACUUUGUCAAAGAAGAUGUCAAGUAUAUUCAAACCAGAAUAUUCAUUCAACAAGCGUAAGCCAAGCUUUCAAUAUGAUGAACUAGUAAAGCCACCAUUUCUGUUCGAAUUAUGCAAUGCUGAUGGAAUAGACUCAAAGAAAUACCUUGAGUUUAAUUUUCCUCCUAAUCUCGAGCUGGCUUCUGUUGUUGUGAAGGAUUCUCAAUGUAAUAGUACGAAGAACAAGCCGGAAAUCGGUGGUUGGGGACUUAAAUUUCUCAGAAAGGUUAAGUUGGACAAUUCCAAUACAACAAGGCAAAAUGAGAAGAUUGUGAAUGUGAUAGUGCCGGAUGGUUUUCACGGUGGUCCGAACACCAUAAUUGGCGGCCCAUCGAGUCUUAUUCAAAGAUGGAGGUCAGGUGGACAUUGUGAUUGCGGCGGAUGGGAUCUCGGAUGUGCACUCACCGUCCUCAACCAAGUUCCAUCUUCAGCAAAAUCUUCUCCAGAGGAACACUCAAAAGAAGAUUCUAAACCUGUUUAUUUGUUUACAAAGGGUGGAGAAAAGGGCGAACCGAUACUGAAAAUGGUGAAUGCCGACGAGGGACUUCACUGCCUCUACUUCGAUCGAACUCUUUCUGCUCUGCAAUGUUUCUCUGUAGGAGUGGCUAUCAUACAUUCCCAAACUCAAGCUUUCAAUCAAAACUUUUGCAGGUAAAGAGAGAAAGGUUUUGUUUUUGUGGUUUGUGAAAUUAUAGGAUAUUAAAAAAAGAAAAAAAAAAACAAAUGGAAAGGAUUAGUUCAGUGAAAUAGAUGUGAAUUUUUGUGUAGGUCUUGAUCCAUGUGUUUGUAAUGUUAACCCUUGCUUUUUGUUUUGCAAAGUAAUAUAUGUAAAUUAGUACAA